AUGACUGUGCUGCUCAGUGGGGGCCUGAAAAUGCAGGGAAUGAAGGAACACCUGUUCAGCAUCUGCUUCGGGCACAGGCCCAUCAUAGAUGCUUUCACAGAUACAACAUCCUCUAAGCUUCACGAGCAUCUAAAGGCCUUUGAUGAUGAAGUCAAUGCUUUUUUGGACAAUAUGUUUGGACCUCGGGAUGCUCGAGUCCGAGGCUGGUUCAUGCUGGACUCCUACCUCCCUACCUUGUCUCUCACCGUCUUAUACCUGCUGUUGAUAUGGCUGGGCAACAGAGGCAUGAGGAACAGACCUGCUCUUUCCCUCAGGGGCGUCCUCACAUUGUACAAUCUUGGAAUCACACUUCUCUCCGCAUACAUGCUGGCAGAGCUUAUUCUCUCCAGUUGGGAAGGAGGCUACAACUUACAGUGUCAGGAUCUGACCAGCGCAGGGGAGGCCGACAUCCGGGUAGCCAGGGUGUUGUGGUGGUACUACUUCUCCAAAUUAAUAGAGUUCCUGGACACAAUUUUCUUUGUGUUGCGGAAGAAAACCAGCCAGAUCACCUUUCUUCAUGUCUACCAUCACGCCUCCAUGUUUAACAUCUGGUGGUGCGUCUUGAACUGGAUACCUUGUGGGCAAAGUUUCUUUGGCCCCACCCUGAACAGCUUCAUCCACAUCCUCAUGUACUCCUACUACGGGCUGUCCGUGUUCCCGUCCAUGCACAAGUACCUCUGGUGGAAGAAGUACCUGACGCAGGCCCAGCUGGUGCAGUUCCUGCUCACCAUCAGCCACACCAUGAGCGCCGUGGUCAGGCCCUGCGGCUUCCCCCUCGGCUGCCUCCUCUUCCAGUCUUCUUACAUGAUGACGCUGGUCAUCCUCUUCUUAAACUUCUACAUUCAGACAUACCGGAAAAAGCCAAUGAAGAAAGCCAUGGAAGAGGCAGGGAAAGAAGUCAAGAAUGGUUUUUCCAAAGCCUACUUCAGUGCAGCGAACGGAGUAAUAAGCAAGAAGGCACAAUAA